AUGACCUCUUCUGUGACUGUAAAGCUAGCCUCUGGCCACCAGAUGCCACUAGUCGGGUUUGGGUUAUGGAAGGUUCCAAAGGAAUCUGCUGCUGAGAUAGUCUACAAUGCCAUCAAGGCAGGAUACCGUCUUUUUGACGGGGCCUACGAUUAUCAAAACGAGAAGGAAGCAGGAGAGGGUAUUCGUAGGGCCAUCCGGGAAGGUCUCGUGAAGCGCGAAGAAAUCUUCGUUACGACCAAGCUAUGGAACAACUAUCACAGAAAAGAGCAUGCGCUUGAAAUGGCACGCUCCCAGAACGAAUCUUGGGGGCUAGGGUAUAUCGAUCUCUUGCUCAUUCACUUUCCCUGCGCCUUGAAGUACAUCGACCCAGCCGUCCGCAAAUAUCCUGCCUGGUGGACCGACGACAGUGGCACCGUCGAGGAAGACAAGGUUCCCAUACGGGAGACAUGGGAGAGUCUUGAGCAGCUUGUCGACGAGGGAGUUGUCCGCAGCAUUGGCGUAAGCAACUUCCAGGCACAAUCUCUGUAUGACAUCAUGAGUUACGCGAAGCAUCCCAUCUCCUCGCUGCAGAUCGAACACCACCCAUAUCUAGUGCAACCUGGAUUAGUGAAAAUGGCACAACUACACUCAAUUGUUGUCACUGCAUACUCCUCCUUUGGCCCACAAUCUUUCCUGGAGCUUCCCGAAGUUUUCUCGGCCAAGGCAAAGAAAAUGCCUACGCUGUUUGAGGUCGAGCCAAUCCCGGCCUUGGCCAAAAAGUACGGCGUUACCCAUGCGCAGAUUCUGUUGCGCUGGGCAACUCAACGGAAUAUCGCGGUUAUCCCAAAAUCCAACAAUGCGUCUCGAUUGAGCCAAAAUCUUGAUGCAACUGGGUUUGACCUGAUGGCUGAGGAGCUACAACUCAUCAGUAACUUGGACCAGGGCUUACGGUUCAACGACCCAGGUUAUUAUCUGCCAAACCACCCACUGCAUAUAUUCUCUUAAUGGUUCUAGACUACAAAUAGUGGUAAUAGACUC